AUGGCAAGUAAGAAGAAAGAAAUUCAGCUACAGGCUGUAAUACUCAAUCAAACACAAUGGGAUGAGAUGCUGCUAAAUAAAGGUCUAACAGUGGUAGAUAUUUAUCAGGCAUGGUGCGGACCUUGCAAAGCUGUAGUAAACUUGUUCAGGAGGCUAAAAAAUGAAUAUGGUGAAGAUAAUCUUCUACAUUUUGCUGUGGCAGAGGCUGAUAGUGUGAUGACCCUGCUCCCAUUUAAAGAUAAAUGUGAACCUGCUUUUGUCUUCUGUCUGGAUGGCAAGAUGAUAGAUAUUGUAAGAGGAGCAAAUGGACCUCUUCUAAAUAGAAAAGUAAUAGAACUAAUUGAACUAGAAAGAAAAAUUGUAGCUGGAGACAUGCAAAGACCAGAGAUGCCAGAGCUCUUGUUUAUAGAAGAGAAAGAAUCAGAAGAAGAACAUGAAGAAGAAGAAGCUGGAGAGGAGGAAAAAUGUAUGGUUGUCAUUAUAAAACCUGAUGCUGUUGCAGAAGGAAAAGUUGAAGAAAUAAAGCAAUUGAUUAUUGAAGCAGGCUCUGUCAUUCUUGCAGAAGACAAGAAGAUUUUAACUGAUGAGCAAGUUAGGAAUUUUUAUGAAAGCAAAUCAGAAGAGCCUGAUUUUGAAGACUUUGUUUUAUAUAUGCUGUCUGCACCCUCCUAUAUUCUGAUAAUAUCUGAAAGAAAGCAUGGCCAAAGAUCAGAGUAUUUAAUUUUGAAGCUGUUGAUGAUAAAUUUGAAAGAGAUGUUGCAAAAUCAAGACCUGUUACAUCACUGUGAUAUUCAGGAUCGUGUUGAAGAAACAAGCAGGCAACUUGCCUUCUUUUUCUCUGAUUUUUCCAAGCAAAGGAAUGAAAAAUUUGUUGAACGAACACUGGCAUUGAUCAGACCUUCCCUUUUAAAAGAAAGAAGAGAAUCUAUUCUGAAUAGAAUUGUGGAAAAUGGCUUUGAAAUAGCCAUGCAAAAGGAAAUCACUUUAUCAGAAGAACAAGCUCGUGAAUUCUAUCGAGAAAGUGAAAAUCAAGAUUAUUUUCCAUAUCUUUUGGAUCAAAUGACCAGUGGGCCAACUCUUGCUCUUGCUUUGGUACGAGAGAAUGCAAUCCAAAAAUGGAGGGAUUUACUUGGCCCAAAGAUAAUCCAAGAAGCAAAGAAACAAUACCCCCAAAGUUUACGUGCUGAAUUUACAAUCCAUGAUUCUCCAAUUAAUCAGCUGCAUGGCAGCGCAAACACGAAUGAGGCUACAAAGGAAUUACAAUUCUUCUUUCCUGUAGAAAACACUAUGGCUCUCAUUAAACCCUCUGCUUUUGAAGACAAAGAUAAAAUUAUAAAUAAAGUAAAAGAUGCUGGAUUUCUAAUCUCAGAAUUGAGAGAAGCACACAUAAGUCCUGAGACAGCAGCACAAUUUUAUCAAGAUCAUGAAGAUAAGCCAUAUUAUAAUCAACUAGUGGAUUUUAUGUCAAAAGGCCCAUCAAUGGUCAUGGUUCUAACUAAAGAAAAUGCUGUGGACGAAUGGCGACAAUUAAUGGGACCAACAGAUCCAACAAAAGCAAAAGAAACACAUCCUAAUUCAAUACGUGCUAAAUUUGCAACUGAUAUUAUGCACAAUGCUGUUCAUGGGUCCUCAAAUGAAGAACAUGCUAAAAAAAGCAUUAACUUUAUCUUUGGAGAUAUUGAUUUAGAGAGCCUAAAAUACAAAUAUAUUUAUAUGUAA